CCACAGCUCCACCAUGCUCUCUCCACCCACAAAUCUCCAAUUACCAGACCGCACACCAUGGCCGACACGAGGAAGUCCGUCUUGAUCACUGGCUGCAGCUCUGGCAUCGGCCACAGCUUGGCCAAAGAAUUCCACAGCAAAGGCCUCCGCGUCUUCGCCAGCGCACGCCGCGCCGAAUCGCUCGCCGACCUCGCCGCAAUAGGCAUUGAUACCGUGUCGCUCGAGGUCGACAAGCUGGACAGCAUCCGCUCGGUUAAGCGUGAGAUUGAGGAGCUGACGGGCGGCAAGCUCGACUACCUCGUCAACAAUGCUGGCUGUAACUACACCGUGCCAGCGCUCGACAUUGAACUAGAGGAGGUCCAGAAGAUCUUCGAGGUCAAUGUCUAUGCUGUCAUGCGCAUGUGCCAGGAGUUUGCGCCACUCAUAAUUGAGGCCAAGGGAACAAUUGUGCAAAUUGGAAGCCUGGCGGGUAUUAUGCCGUACGUCUUCGGAAGUGUGUACAACGCGACGAAAGCGGCUCUGCACGCCUACAGCAACACCCUUCGCGUCGAAUUGGCCCCGUUCGGUGUCAAGGUCGUUACCAUCAUCACUGGCGGCGUCCAGUCCAACAUUGCACGCAACGAACGCCAGCUUCCCGAAGAUUCAUACUAUAUCCCCGUCAGCCAGGAAUACCAGAGGCGUCUGAAGCACAGCCAGGAGGGUGCCAUGCCCAACGAAGCCUACGCGAAGAGCGUCGUUUCCAAGGUGUUGAAGUCAAGCCCGCCAAAGUGGGUCUGGGAGGGCAAGUUGUCGUGGGUUGUUUGGUUUGCGACCUCGUACCUCCCCGCAAGUGUCAUGGAUUCCGUCUUCUGGCGCAUGUUCAACCUCUGGAAGUUGGUUGGCACGACGGACUCUAAGAAGACUCUGUGAGCUCCUUGCGGGUUCGGGUCGGUGUGUACGAUCUCUAGCUGAACCGUGAGUCCGUUGUUCAAGACUUCACCGUAUGUACAUGACGUCCGCGAGGACAUACUCAUUUUAGCUGCGCAAAUAAGACUAUUCCCCUAG